AUGGAUUCAACAUCGAAAAGCCAAACUCCAGAAUAUUACCAAAACGUCGUCGUAAUGAGACACGGCGAUCGCAUCGACAACGUCGAUCCGCUAUGGACGCUCACAGCGCAACGACCGUGGGACCCACCUCUCGUUCGAGAGGGUCGGAUUCGGUCCUUCUGUACGGGUCGGAAGUUUCGCAAUCUUUUCAAAUAUCCGCUUCAUCGUGUAUACGUUUCACCGUUCCUCCGCUGCGUUCAGACCGCCGCGGAAGCCGUUAUCGCUCUCUCCGCCGUCGAUGAUUGCCCCGAAGCACUCACCGGAGAAUCCGUUAGCUUCGAUCCUUCUAAAAUCAAGGUUUCUGUUGAAUAUGGGUUAUGCGAAAUGAUGAGCAGAAUGGCGAUUAAGCUUGACGUGGCUCCUAAAGAUGGAAACUGGGAUUUCAACAUAUCAGAGCGCGAGGCCAUGCUUCCGGCAGGGACGGUCGAUAAAAAUGUAGAAAGGGUAUAUAAAGAGUUGCCAAAGUAUGAGGAGCCAAUUGCAAGCACGAAGGCUAGAUAUGAGCAAAUAGUUAAAGAUCUUGCUGAUAAACAUCUUACUGAAAACUUGCUUCUUGUCACACACGGAGAAGGAGUUGGUGUGGCUCUAUCUUCAUUCAAAAAGGGUGCUGAAGUAUAUGAAGUUGAUUAUUGUGGAUAUGUCGAACUAAGACGCCCGAUUUUCAAGAAAGACAAAUCAUUUACUGCUGGAAAAUUCGAAGUAAUUACUAAUACCGGACAAACUGGCGUAAGUUAUUCCAUCUAA